GUUUGGGAGGGGUGAUGGAAAGGCCCCAGGGCUGAGUGAAUAGCCACCCCGUUCUGCUGAGCCCUUCCAAUGCAGAUUUCACAUCUUUAAGAUCAGAAAUGAGGGAAUCUCUGCGGCUGGAGCUCAAUAAGUGUUGGGUCGAGCCAUAUAAAUCACACUGCAGAGACAUUUCCCCAUGGCAUUAGACAUGUCCUGAAGGGGACCCUCCAAAGCUGCUGAGAAUAGCAAGAUUAGCAAGGAGGCACAUUUCCCCUGUGAAAGAGAGUGAGCUUGAUGUUUACAAGGCAAUGCCCAUGCUACAUUGAGUCAGCUCCUCUCCUGGCAGGUUGCCUUGGCAGUAGAAGGCACGGCCCAGGCAAAUUUAACAAUCCAGUGUGGGAUGAGGAGGGAGAGAGUGCUAUCUAGUGGUUAGAGCAGAGGACUCAGAAUCAGGACUCAGGGUUUCUGUUCCCAGCUCUGCUACCAAUUUGCCAGUCAAUCUUGGGCAACUCUUAGCUUCAUCUCUCAAUUUCCCCACUAUAAAAUAUAAAUAAGAAUGUCUAACUCUAACAAGUGUUCUGAGGCUUCAUUUAUUGGCUCUAACAUGCCUUGAGAUCCUCAGGGGAAAGGUGCUAGAGAACUUCUAUAAUAGAAGUACAUGUAAUAUAGUGUGCAGUGAACUAGGCAGAGGCUAGGGUAACAGGACACAGUGUGGCGUGCUUCCCGACAUGAUGUGCCCAGAGGACAAGACACCCCAUUUCUAAGACAGGGUGCAGGCUAAUGGUACCUUGAUAGAAAGAUCACACGACUCAGUGUGCCAUGAUGUAUCUCAGUGGCAGAGCACAGAGCGACAGGCUGGCAGUUCCUUAUGCCGACCAAGUACAGGCCUCCUGCAAGAAAUCAAACGUCAAGUGUUUCGAGGCAGUUGAUGCUGGUGCAAGCAAACAAAUGGAAGAGAAGGGACAUGUGCAUUUGAAAUCAGCAACUGGCAUCCCCUAAGCCAGUGGUUCUCAACCCAUGGCCUGCAGUCACUUGCAGCCCAUGUGACAUCCUCAGGUCCAUAGGGGUAAUAUAUACAUUGUGUGGAUGUGGCCCACAUAACCCAGAGAGUUGCAUAUGCGGCCCACAAUGGUAUAUAGGUGGAGAUCCACUGCCCUAAGGUUUGGCUCAUUUUGGUGACAAGUCCGUAAAGAAAGGUUGCAUGAGUCUGAAUUUUGGGAUCGUGCCGAGCACCGCCUUGAGCCUCCAUGAAGGCUUCACUAUGUCUUCCCAUUGCUCGUACACAGCAGUCUAUUGAGUGGCUUGGUCUGGUGUCACGUAUCAUGACGGGAGGCAUCUCCACCUUUAAACACUGAAAGGGUUUUCAUUUCCUCACUGUCUGGGAUGUGGGGAGAGGUGGGAAUUUUGGAAUUUACACCCGACAUUUAGCUUCUGAUAGAGAGACCAGGCUUCACUUAAAACAUCAUUAUGUUCCUUGUUCAGAGACUUCCCCUGAAACAGAGACAGAGCGUGAGAACUCAAGCCAGAAUGAAAAGCCUGAAGGCCAAGUUUAAGAAGACCGAAAGCCACGACUGGGGUAAGAAUGAUGAGAAGCUCCUACAGGCCGUGGACUACAAUGACCCUGAGAAGGUGACAGCUCUACUCCUCCGCAAGGGCCUGGUCCCCACCAAACUGGACUCAGAGGGCAAAUCCGCGUUCCACCUGGCUGCAAUGAGAGGGAACGUGGACUGCCUGGAAGUGAUGCUCGCUCAUGGAGCGGACGCCAUGACCAUAGACAGCUCUGGGUACAACGCGCUCCACCUGGCCGCGAAACACGGCCACCCGCAGUGUGUGAGCAAACUGCUGCAGGCAUCUUGCCCGGUUGAUGGAGCCGACAGCAACGGUCGGACAGCGCUCCACCAUGCAGCUGUCAGCGGCUGCAUCUCAUGCUCAGAGAUUCUCUGCGAUUUCAAGGCCUCCUUGAAUACCAAGGACAAGGAUGGCUCCACCCCUCUGAUCCUGGCAGCUAAGAUGAGCCAUUCGGAGCUGUGCCGGUACCUGCUGCAUCACGGAGCUGCUGUGAACAGCAGAGACCAGCAAGGCAGAACAGCCCUGAUGCUGGCCUGCGAGAACGGCAGCGUGGAGACAGUGGAAGUCCUCAUCCACGCCGGGGCGCGGGUCGGCAUGGUGGACGCCAGGGGCCAGGACGCAGCCUGCUACGGCCUGGCCACGGGGAACGCCUUGAUCCAGCACUACCUGCAGGACGCCUCCCAGCGCCACUCCUGGGCCAGCGGUAAGGUGCCCUGGCCACGUCCUUCCCGAGGUCUCAGAGCACCUUGCGAUCACCCCUGCGGCAGCGUCUCGCCCCUGCCCAGGGGGAGGCGGCAACGUCCCUGCUUUGCAGAAGAGGAGUCGGCUGAGCGAACGUCACAGACGGCGUCACCGAGCCAGCCUCUGCCCAACGAGAGGAACGGCAGCCCGAGAAAGAGGAAAGCCCCUCCACCGCCCCCCAGCACCUCCAGCCAGCGCGCCCCACGCUCUCUGGAGCACAGCUCCCCUUCCACAGAGCGGAGCAGCCGGAUAGUCACCGCCAAGCCUGCCAGGGCUCGCCCCACCCCAGCCGACACGGAGGACAGGGAGGCCUACGAGGAGAUCGUCCGGCUGAGGCAGGAACGGGCUCGGUUCCUGCAGAAGAUCAAGGGCUUAGAGCAGCAGCAGGAGAAGCAGAAGCAGGAGCAGCUGGAGUUGGAGGAGAGCUCCCUACGCUCCAUGGAGAAGCAGCUAAAGGAACUCCAGCAGCAACUGGCGGACAGUGAGGGGGAAAAGGAGCAUUUGGGGAAGGAGGUUGAAGUGCUCCGGAGCCACCUGUCCUUGCUGGAGACCGAGAAGGAGAACACCAGCUACGACAUCGACACGCUGGAGGACGAAGAGGGGGACCUGCUGGAAUUCCCAGGGGCGGAGCUGCUGCUGUCCAGGAAGACCCUGAGUCUGUCCACGGAGGAGCUGCUGGCCACGCUGCAGGGCCAGGUGCAGUCGCUCACCAUGCAAAAUCAGGAGCUGCUGGAGAAGAUACAGAUCCUGGAGAAUUACGAGAAAGAUGAGAGUGACGUCGGCCCGUCUGAAGUCUUCGUCCCCAUCGUCCUCUACAACUCCCUCAAGUCGGAGUUCGACCAGCUCAGAGAGCAGCACGCCGAGGCCCGGGCUGCCCUGCAGGCUCUGGAAGGCAGCGGGCCCCACGGGGCCUCCUGCGAGCUAGUCCCGGUGGAGGUUUACAAGCAGCUGAAGGCUGAAUACGAGGUGCAGAUCCAGGCCCUAGAGGAGGUGUUGCAGGGGAGCAGCGCCCCAGUUGAGCCCGAGGGGAAAGUCCAGGCUGGGGUGCAGGCAGAAGGAAGCAGCAGGGAAGGAGGGGCUGGAGAUGCGGCUGUGGAAGAGCUGACCAAAACGCUGGCUGAGACGCAGGAGAAGCACGAGGCGGCUGUGGCUGAGGUGCGGCUCCUGCGGGAGCAGAUCCAGCUGGGCAUCCUGUCCGUGGAGGAGCCGGAGGCGGCUGAGAGCUCCGAGAGCGAGCUGGAGACGGUGAGGGCAGCUCUACAGAAAGCCCAGGAGGCCCUGCUGGAGAGAGAGCAGAGGGUGAAGGAGCUGGAGGGGCGCCUGGAUGCCCAGGAAGAAGCAGCCGGCGGAGGCUGCUCCGCUGAGGAGAUGAGAGCGGCCCUCGGCGUCUCCUUGGGAGAAGCCACGGCGGAGAAGGCCGUGCCGCUGGACAGGUGCCGCCACGCGGAGGCAGAAGCAGAGCAGCUGAGCAGGAGCGUGCAGGAGGGAGCCGGGGAGCUGCAGCGAGCGAUGGGCCGCCUCUCGGAGAGCCAGAGGCUGGCGGAGGAGAGCCGGCAGCUCCGCGAGCAGCUGGCGGAGCUGCAGGGGCGGUACGAGGAGGUGCAGGCCCAACUCCGAGAGGAUCAGAGCAAGAGGGAGGAGGAGCUAAGCGGCCUGAAGGAGCAGCUGGCUUCCGAGAGCAUCUCCAGGCAGGAGCAGGAGGAGGUGGCAGGGAAGCUGGUCGGGUCGUUGGCCGAGGCCAACAAGAAGCUGCUGGAGCUGGAGGAGAGGCACAGCGCCGCUCAGAGGGAGGUGAGGGAGCUGCAGCAUGCGGCGGAGCGGUCCAGGCGGGACUGGGUCCCGCCAGCCGAGCACGCCCGAGCCAAGGAGGCCCUGGAGGGCAGCAUCCGGGAGCUGACGGCCAGAGCCCAGCAGCUGGAGCAGGAGCUGGCCACCAAAGCCCAGGAGGCCCUGCGGCUGCAGGGCGAGCUGGCCAGCACCCGGGAGGGCACGGUCCCCAGGGAGGAGCACGAGCAGCUGCGGUGCAGCCUGCAGGCGGAGGUGAGCGCACUGAGCCUGAAGCUCAGCGACCUGGAGUGCAAGCACGAGAAGACCCGCACGGAGGUGUUCCAGGUGCAGCGCGAGGCCCUCUUCAUGAAGAGCGAGAAGCACGCGGCUGAGGCCCAGCUGGCUGCCACAGAGAAGCAGCUGCAGAGCCUGCGGGCCGAGUCCGGGCGGAUCCAGGAGCUGCACGGCCACAUCGAGGACUCGGCCAAACUGGUCAAGGAGAAGGACAGGAAGAUCACCGAGCUGUCCAAGGAAGUCUUCAAGCUGAAGGAGGCCUUGAACAGCCUGUCUGAGCGCUCCAGCCAGGUGGGGGCCCUGCCCAAGGCGGCCCCACAGAACCCACAGGAGGUGGCGAAGCUGCAGAGCACGAUAAAGGCCUUGGAACAGCAGCUGGCCGAGAUGGAGACGCACCACCGCAAGGUCGUCUCGCUCUACCGGAACCACCUGCUUUGUGCGAUUCAGGGCCACAUGGACGAAGACGUGCAGAGACUCUUGUACCAGAUCCUGAUGAUGCAGAGGCUGCAGGAGCAAGGCAGAUGAGCUCCCCGGGGUGAGGCAGCCCAGCCCGGUUCCUGGUUCUGAGCAGGGGAGCUGAGUGGAUUCGCACACAGAACCAGCUGGACUCCAGCGUCAAGCCGUGUGGCGAGGCCCUGCGGCCAGCUGGCCCUUUUUUGCACACACCCUCCUCACCAAGAUCAAGGCACACGUGUGUUGGGUGACCCCUGGGGCGGCACCUUUGCUCCCUGUUUCUGGGCAGCCUAUGCUGGGAGGUGCCCGUGGGCAGGUGGCUGGAAGGUGCCUCGUGGCAAGGUGUAGGCCCAGCUCACACUGCCCUUUCCACUGGUGCUUUCACCUCGGCAGCCUCCGAGACGGGAUGGGGGGAGGCAGGCUCCUGACCAGGCGAUGCCACUGGGCGAGGAGCCCAUCCUCGCUCCGUGGGCAGAAGGGAGCAGGGAUGGGGAGAGGCUGCGGUAACUCACCAGCCCCUACCUGCGUCUCUCAGCAGAGCAUCCACAGCAAUAAACUGUUUAUACUCACUCA